AUGACUCAAGAUAAAUUGGGCACAGAUUCAUUCAGGUUCUUUGGCCUAGGUGGCAGUAAUGAAGUUGGUCGUUCGUGCCAUAUUCUACAGUAUAAAGGUAAAACCGUGAUGCUUGACGCAGGUGUUCAUCCUGCUCAUCAAGGGAUUGCAUCGUUACCUUUUUAUGAUGAGUUUGACCUUUCGAAAGUUGACGUGCUAUUAAUUUCCCAUUUUCAUUUGGAUCAUGCUGCCUCGUUGCCAUUUGUAAUGCAGAGGACAAACUUUCAGGGAAGAGUAUUCAUGACCCAUCCUACUAAAGCUAUUUAUCGUUGGUUGUUAAGUGAUUUUGUGAAGGUUACCAAUAUUGGCAAUGAUUCUUCAGCAGGUGGAGACGAGAAUCUUUAUACAGAUGAAGACUUGGCAGAAUCCUUUGAUAGGAUAGAAACUGUGGACUAUCAUUCGACCAUCGAUGUGAAUGGUAUUAAGUUCACUGCAUACCAUGCAGGCCAUGUCUUAGGUGCGGCAAUGUUUCAAGUGGAGAUAGCAGGCUUACGGAUUUUGUUCACAGGUGACUACUCACGGGAGUUGGAUCGUCACUUAAACAGUGCAGAAGUUCCCUCCCUACCAUCUGAUAUACUAAUUGUUGAGUCCACUUUCGGAACAGCAACACAUGAGCCAAGAAUAAGUAAAGAGCGCAAAUUCACGCAAAUGGUUCAUUCCACUGUGUCGAAAGGUGGUCGUGUACUUUUACCUGUCUUUGCAUUAGGAAGAGCACAAGAAAUAAUGUUAAUCCUGGACGAAUAUUGGUCUCAAAAUGCUGAAGAGCUGGGUGGUGGUCAAGUUCCUAUUUUUUAUGCGUCAAAUCUAGCAAGAAAAUGUAUGACAGUGUUCCAAACUUACGUUAACAUGAUGAAUGAUAAAAUUCGAAAGAAGUUUAGAGACUCUCAGACAAAUCCCUUCAUUUUUAAAAAUAUAGCGUACCUGAAGAACCUGGAUGAAUUCCAGGAUUUUGGCCCAAGUGUCAUGUUAGCCUCUCCAGGUAUGCUACAGAAUGGUUUAUCAAGGGACUUGCUAGAAAAAUGGUGCCCUGAUGAGAAGAACUUAGUCUUGAUCACCGGUUAUUCGGUUGAGGGUACUAUGGCAAAAUUUUUGAUGCUGGAACCAGAAACGAUUCCUGCGAUCAACAAUCCAGACGUCACAAUUCCAAGACGUUGCCAAAUUGAAGAAAUAUCUUUCGCAGCUCAUGUAGACUUCAGAGAAAAUUUAGAAUUUGUUGAAAAGAUUGGCGCGCCAAAUAUAAUUCUGGUUCAUGGUGAAUCAAAUCCUAUGGGUCGUUUAAAGUCAGCUUUACUUUCGAACUUUAGUUCACUAAAGGGUACCGAAAAUGAAGUACACGUCUACAACCCAAAGAAUUGUGUUCCUGUUGACCUAGAAUUUAAAGGAGUCAAAAUCGCAAAGGCUGUGGGAAAUAUUGUCGAUGAAAUGAUUCCAGUUAAGACCGAGCAUACUGAGAACACGAAAGAGAAUUCUGAUUUAGAAGAACAGAAAGACCAGCAAAGUGAAGCAAAGCUCUCGGAAGAGCAGGGAUUGGAAGGAGGAGAACACGUUAUAUCGGGUAUUUUGGUAUCGGAUGAGAAGAAUUUUGACCUAAAUCUUGUUUCUUUGUCGGAUUUACGAGAACACCAUACAGACUUAUCUACUACCGUUUUGAAGGAACGACAGACAGUCUACGUAGACUGCAAAAACGAACUAAUAUACUGGCAUCUAUGCCAGAUGUUUGGUGAUAUCGAGGUACUAGUGGAUGAGGAGGGCUCCACCAUAACCAAAACUGAUCCUAUGGCGGAAAACAAAAAAUCUGGUGCAUUGGUCGUCCGCAUUAUGGGAGAUGUUAAGCUUUCCGUUUCUGGAAAUAUUGCCACAUUGGAAUGGACUCAGAAUAUCAUUAGCGAUUCUGUUGCUGAUAGUAUCAUCGCCAUCCUACUGAGUGUAGACUCGUCUCCUGCCAGUGUGAAGAUGACAAGCAGCGGCUGUAAUGCUGACGGCCAUGAAGAGGGUUCUGAAACCCUAUGGAAAAUAAAACAAAUCGCCAAAUUAUUCACUGAGCAAUUUGGCGAUAGUUUUACUCUACUUUUAGAUAAAUCUAAUGAAAGUAAAUCAGAAGAAGAGAUAAAGGGUACUGUUACCAUAGGAAAAAGUGCUGCUACUGUUAAUUUCUCAAAAAUGCUGGUAGAAGAAUGCAAUUCAAACCCUUUGAAAGGAAGAAUAGAGAGCAUUUUAGGUAUUGGGGCAGAUCUAGUCGCGCCAUUAUGUUAA